GGAAAGUGCGUAUCCUGCAAUCCAAGGCCACAUCAUAGAGAGAAUGCAUCAACUGGCCAAUCUCUACCUCUUGGCCUACAAUUCUCUUCAAGCCCUUGGAUGGGCGGUUUCUCUUUCUAGAAUUUUGAGUUCCUUCUUAGACACUAGAUCCUUCAAUGGAGCUUACGCUUCUGCAGGAGAUCUAGUCUGUCUAUUGCAAACUGUUUCAUUCUUGGAAGUUGUACAUGGAGCCAUAGGUCUGGUUCCAAGUGGGGUGCUGCUUCCUCUGAUGCAAUGGGGAGGAAGGACUCAUUUCCUUUUAGCAAUUGUUCGUCGAAUUGUUGAGGUUCAGGAGUUACCAUCAGUUUUCAUAACUUUCAUUGCUUGGAGUAUUAGUGAGGUAAUCCGGUAUUCACAUUAUGCUUUGCAUUGCAUGGGAAGUUGUCCAUCAUGUAUUACCUACCUCAGGUACACUGCUUUCAUUCUGUUGUACCCAGUGGGGGUUGCUCCUGGUGAAAUGUGGCUCAUGUACCAAGCACUUCCAUUUAUAAAAAGGAAAAACAUCAGCCAUUAUUAUUUUGUCUGGGUUGUGCUUCUGUGCUAUCCAUUUCUAUGGUUGAAACUUUACCUGCAUUUAUUUAAGCAACGGCGGUCAAAACUUGGUAAACACCAUGGAAAGAAGAGAAGGUGAAGGUUUGAGCUCAUUUUGGCACCAAUCAAUUAUUUGGUUAGUGGUUACUUAGGACAUAGAAAUUCAGACAUCUUGUUCCCAUGUUUGUGGAUCUUUUUGAUAUCUUUCAAUGUAUUUCUUCCUUGAUCCAAUGUGUCAAACCAUUUUCUUUGAAAAUUCAACCAGAUAUAUGCAUUUAUGUUGUUUUGCCUCUAUUUUGAUCAAAUCUACGUGCGUAGUGGUGAAGUUUCUGUUUUAGGGACUUGUAAUGAUUGAAAUAUUAGGUGUAAAGCAAAUGGUAUUUUUGCUUUAAUGAAGCCAAUGGUACUGAUCCUACCAAAUUGUUCCACUGAA